AUGGAUGUAAUUUUCUGUAAAUCAGAAGAAACUGAUGAGGGUUUACAGGAUGAUGAAUCUACUGAUCAAACCUCCACAGAGUCUCUGGAUUCUGUCUGUAACGCUGGAGAACAGCAGCAGAUCCUGCAGACCAAACUCAACAUGUGUUCAGUCAAACUCAUCGACUGCACGAAACUCAUGAUGAAGAUCAAAACUGAACCCACGGAAAUAAAAACGGAAACUACAGAAAUAAAAACUGAAACUACGGAAAUAAAAACUGAAACUACGGAAAUAAAAACUGAACCUACAGAAGAGGAAGAUCACACUGAUGAAGAUGACAGUUAUGACUUUGACGACGACAAUCAUUUUAUUUUUUCCGAGACAAUGGAAGUAAAAGAGGAAACAAAUGAAGUGGAGGAGAAACAUGAUGUCAUUACUGAAGAAAAAUCUUAUGAUCACUUACAAACAUCAACAAAGAAAAGAAAUAUGAAAAAUUCCCAUCAGCGUGGAAAGAGUGUCCGAAUGAAAGGACACCAUAACAAUAAAGAGAGAUGUCGUACUUGCCAGCAGUGUGGAAAGAGUUUUAAAGAUACAAGAGACCUUCAUGAACAUUUGAGAACUCACACUGGGGUGACACCUCUUACAUGUCAUCUGUGUGGAAAGAGUUUCAUAUAUGAAGGACGACUUGAGUAUCAUAUAAGGAUUCACAAUAAAAUCAAGAAGACUUUUUCUUGCUGUCACUGCGGAAAGAGUUUCACACUGAAAGGAGACCUUAGGUCUCAUGUACGAAUUCACACUGGAGAAAAACCCUUCACCUGUCCUCAGUGUGGAAAAAGCUUUGCACAUAAAGCGACCCUUGACAUUCAUGCAGCGAUUCACACUGGAGAGAAACCACACACCUGCACUCAGUGUGGAAAAAGCUUCAGACAGAAAAGUCAUCUUAAGUGUCACAUAAUAAGUCACACAACUGAGAAAUGUUUCACUUGCAUUCAUUGUGGAAAGAGUUUUGCACACAAUAAUAGUUUAAGAAUACACCAGAAACUUCAUACCAAUAAGAACUCUUGCUCGUGUUCUGUUUGUGGAAAGAGUUUUCCACUGAUUGAAUAUUUGAAAAUACACCAGAAAAUACAUGGCGAGAAAACUCUUGUGUGCUCCGAGUGUGGAAAAUCCUUUUCAACGGGCAGAGGCUUGACAGUUCAUCAAAAAAUACACACUGGAGAAAAACCAUACGAAUGUUCGCAGUGUGGAGAGAGAUUUACAAACUUUUAUAGCUGGAAGAGUCAUGAGACGAUGCAUACUGGAGAAAAACCAUACUACUGUUCUCUAUGUGGAAAAAGUUUUACUUUUUCAAAUAGUGUAGGGAGACAUCAAAAAUUACAUUGCAAAAAGUUGUCAGAAAACUUAUCCUCCAAUUAAAAAUGAAAAGAAUCUGCAUUUUAUUUUUAGUCUUACUUUUUUGUUUAGUUAUUACUUAAUUGUUUUUUUAGGUUGUCCAUCUCCACUUCAUGUACUACAGGUACAAUUAAAUGAGUGAACUGUACUUAAACCUGUGAAAAAGUUGAAAGGUUUAUGUGUCUUCAACAAGUUCACCUUUUUAUUUUUUAGUUCUGCAAACUCAAAUAAAAUGAGUCCAAGAACUGCGUUUUUACUACUUCCAAACAUUUGUCAUCAUUUUAAUACCACAGCCUCAUUUUAACAAUCACUGCAAAUAAUUACAAACUUUUGGUGGUUGUGAUGAGGUCUAUGGCAUUCAAUUUGCUAGGGAAGCUAAGAAAGAUUCUAGCACUGCAAAUUUACUUCAAGUUAAAUCAACACGAUUGGUUGCAUGAGCCUGCAUUACGAGAGCAUUUUUUUUAAAUAAAGUGAUAUUUUAUGUGGUUUCUAGUAAAGCGAAAGACUCAAGUGUUAAACAUUUAUUUAUGUUGGAGAUGUAGAAGAGUUUCUAUUUUAACUUUUUGUGGUUACUAUUGUUCUUUGUUAGUGCCUGUGCUUAGACUGUGUGUCAGAUAUGUGUUGAUUUAUAAACAAUAAAGCAACACAUUGCAUUAUGAAAAAUAAUGUAAAAGUGAGCACUGACCUCAGUCUAUUCACACUCACACCGGUCUUAAUUUUGUGAGUAACCCCUAAUUAUUUUUAAAUAAGAUUUAAAGUUUAGUGCAACAGAAUUAUUACAUAAGUCUUGAUUUCAACAGAUUAAGCCAAAUCCUUGUUGGUGCAACCCACCAUUAGGGGACAGAGAUCAGACUAAUCCUAAAAUUAAUUUAAGGGAACACUCCAC